GUCCCCCCUGCUCUUUCCCCCCCACCCCCCGGCGCCCCCCCGCCUCCGCGCCCGCUCCCCGCCCCUCUGCCCCCGCCCGCGACAGCCGGGAGCCGCGCGCGGGCCCGCGGAGACCAUGUCCUGACUGAGAGGAGAGGGCGGAGGCGGCGCGGGGGGGAGGCGGAGAGGGGCCGGGCUCGGCUCGUCGCCGCGGGCUGCUCGGUAGUCGCCGCCGCCGCCGCCGCCGCCGCCGGGCGCCGAGGACUGGACGUGGAGGAGAAGCAGGAGCUGGAGGAGGAGCCGCCGCCGCCAGGUAAAAAUGCAACUGAAGCACAAAAAAGAUUUGUGCAGUGUACGGAGAAGGCGCUGUGACAGAUCGAGUGUGUCAGAAGAGGUCUGCGAAGGUUCAUGCUGGAGAGUCCUCGCUGGACGAUGCUCCACAGUCGGGUAGACCAGUUGAAGUUGAUAGCGAUCACACCGAGACAUUAAUUGAGAACAGUCAAGGUUACGUCAUGUGGGAGAGAGCUGACAUAAAAUAUCCAAAUCAAUGAAGUUAAUGAGUGAAGAUGAAAAAUGUGUCUUUUAUGGAAAAAACCAUGCCAACUUUUGGGCCAACCCCGUAUAUUGGGUAACAGUGCUUUAUCAGCUUCCUGCUUGACAUAACUCACUUCAAGAAGUGCACAAUGUCAGAACGUGGAAUUAAGUGGGCUUGUGAAUAUUGUACGUAUGAAAACUGGCCAUCUGCAAUCAAGUGUACUAUGUGUCGUGCCCAAAGACCUAGUGGAACUAUUAUUACAGAAGAUCCAUUUAAAAGUGGUUCAAGUGAUGUUGGUCGAGAUUGGGAUCCUUCUAGCACUGAAGGAGGAAGUAGUCCUUUGAUAUGCCCAGACUCCAGUGCAAGGCCAAGGGUUAAGUCUUCGUACAGCAUGGAAAAUGCAAAUAAGUGGUCGUGCCACAUGUGCACAUAUUUGAACUGGCCAAGAGCAAUCAGAUGUACCCAGUGCUUAUCCCAACGUAGGACCAGGAGUCCCACAGAAUCUCCUCAAUCCUCAGGAUCUGGUUCAAGACCAGUUGCUUUUUCUGUUGAUCCUUGCGAGGAAUACAAUGACAGAAAUAAACUGAACACAAGGACCCAGCAUUGGACUUGUUCUAUUUGCACAUAUGAAAACUGGGCCAAGGCUAAAAAAUGUGUUGUUUGUGAUCACCCCAGACCUAACAAUAUUGAAGCAAUAGAGUUGGCAGAGACUGACGAGGCUUCUUCAAUAAUAAAUGAGCAAGACAGAGCUCGAUGGAGGGGAAGCUGCAGCAGUGGUAAUAGCCAAAGAAGAUCGCCUCCUACCACGAAACGAGACUCUGAAAUGAAAAUGGAUUUUCAGAGGAUCGAAUUGGCUGGUGCUGUUGGCAGCAAGGAAGAACUUGAAGUGGACUUUAAAAAACUAAAACAAAUUAAAAACAGGAUGAAAAAGACCGAUUGGCUCUUCCUCAACGCUUGUGUGGGGGUUGUAGAAGGUGACUUAGCUGCUAUAGAAGCGUACAAGUCAUCGGGAGGGGACAUUGCUCGUCAGCUCACGGCAGAUGAGGUGCGCCUGCUGAACCGCCCUUCUGCUUUCGACGUUGGCUACACUCUGGUGCACCUGGCCAUUCGCUUCCAGAGGCAGGAUAUGCUAGCGAUACUGCUCACGGAGGUGUCUCAGCAAGCAGCAAAGUGCAUCCCAGCAAUGGUGUGUCCUGAACUGACGGAGCAGAUCCGGCGAGAGAUAGCUGCCUCCCUUCAUCAGAGAAAGGGGGACUUUGCUUGCUAUUUCCUAACUGACCUUGUAACAUUUACAUUGCCAGCAGAUAUUGAAGAUUUGCCUCCAACAGUCCAAGAAAAAUUAUUUGAUGAGGUGCUUGACAGAGAUGUUCAAAAAGAGUUAGAAGAAGAAUCUCCAAUUAUAAACUGGUCCUUGGAAUUGGCCACACGCUUGGACAGUCGACUCUACGCACUUUGGAACCGGACUGCAGGAGACUGCUUGCUUGACUCAGUGCUGCAAGCGACCUGGGGCAUCUAUGACAAGGACUCGGUGCUGCGGAAAGCCCUGCACGACAGCCUGCAUGACUGUUCUCACUGGUUUUAUACACGUUGGAAAGAUUGGGAAUCAUGGUAUUCUCAGAGCUUUGGUUUACAUUUUUCCUUGAGGGAAGAACAGUGGCAAGAAGACUGGGCAUUUAUACUCUCUCUCGCUAGCCAGCCUGGAGCAAGUUUGGAACAGACACACAUUUUUGUACUUGCACAUAUUCUUAGACGACCAAUUAUAGUUUAUGGAGUAAAGUAUUAUAAAAGUUUCCGGGGAGAAACUUUAGGAUAUACUCGGUUUCAAGGGGUGUAUUUGCCGUUGUUGUGGGAACAGAGUUUUUGUUGGAAAAGUCCCAUUGCCCUGGGCUAUACAAGAGGCCACUUCUCUGCUUUGGUUGCCAUGGAAAAUGAUGGCUACGGCAACCGAGGUGCUGGUGCUAACCUGAACACCGACGAUGACGUCACCAUCACUUUUCUGCCUCUGGUCGACAGUGAAAGGAAGCUACUCCACGUGCACUUUCUUUCUGCUCAGGAGCUCGGUAACGAGGAGCAGCAGGAGAAACUGCUCAGGGAGUGGCUCGACUGCUGCGUGACCGAGGGGGGCGUCCUCGUUGCCAUGCAGAAGAGCUCUCGGCGGCGGAACCACCCCCUGGUCACGCACAUGGUAGAAAAGUGGCUUGACCGCUACCGACAGAUCCGGCCUUGUACAUCCCUGUCUGAUGGAGAGGAAGAUGAAGACGAUGAAGACGAAUGAAAAAGCCAACAAGCAGAAGACCAAGGUAUCAGUUCUGUAGUGACCCCAAAGUUAGCGUGGUGUUCCAAGCAGCGUGCGUAGUGUGGAGCAAGCAGACCCAGCCGGACCUGCUGCGGGGGGGGGUUGUUUUCGGAUCCGUGCCCAGUGGAGGCGGCACGUCUGCCGAGCAAGGACACCGAGAACUUCGUUUGGACUAGUCUGUAAAAAACGAAUUUCGUUAAGACAGCACUCUUCCUUUCAAAUCGUAAAUCUGUCUAUAAAUGUAACGCAUGUGGUUGUGCAAGAAGUUGUGUAAUAGGAAAAGCUGUACCAGCACCUUCAUGUUACUGAGGAGUUUCCCCAGCGUGGGCACCUCCAAAGCACACGGCAGGUGGCUCCGUCCCUCUGAGGUGGGUUUUUUUAAGUAGAACCUGGCAUUAUUCUACUUGCAUCUUAAAAGAUCCAUUUUACAUCAAGUCUCACUAGAGCUCCAUAGAGAUUUGGAAACUUUUUGUACAAAUUGUCCACAGGAAAACAUAAAAAUAAAAACAAGCUUAUUUUAUUACAAAUUUAGUUCCUGUUGUGCCCAAUAAAAUCAAAUCUUUAAGGAACAAACUAAAAGGAAAUAAGAAUUUUUUGAGUGAACUUUAUAAAGAUAUCGCUCCCUUGUUUUGUUUUUGUUUUUUAAAUUUGAUACGCCCCCUCAGUAUGUAGGUAUUUGAGAGAAUGCCCUGAAUACGAGGGUUCUUCCGCCAGACUCCGGGCAGCUGUCUCCUUGGGAACAGCUUCCCUGGGCACACGGUAGGGAAGUGCUCCCGCCUGGGCGAGUGGGGUGGCAUCGGCUCCCUUGGCUCCGCUGGCAGUGCUGUGCUCCCAAACUGCCAGGCAGAGGCUCUUGGGAUUCUUACUGUGUUUUAUCAUCAACUCUGCUUUAAGCGAAUUGUGUUAGAAAGGCAUGCCUUUGCUUGGGCUUAUUGGGAGCACCAGUUCAGUACAGAAUAAAGAUUUAAAAAUGCAGAAAGGUGGUAAAAAUGCAUUGUGUUAAUGGAUUUCUCGGUGAGUAGUCUGAGAAUGUUUGCAUGUUGGUUAAUUGUGGCCAUUCUUAUUUAAAGUUAAAACUAUAAUCUUAGAUAGAAAGGCUUCAUAAGAAGUAUCUUUUGAUCACUUCAGGUAUACAUUCAGUAUGGGUAAAAAUGUCAGACCUAUCUCAGGAACACACAGGCUUGGUGUCCUGACACGCACUUUGUAGACUGUCGACAUGGCAGAGUUUGGAAAGAAGCCCCGUCCACACGCGCACACGCACACUUUUCCUUCCCUUUGAUGAAAAGGCUGUGAAAACUUAAAUAUUUGCUUCUCAUUUUCUUCUCCGUUCUGUUUAGAUGACACUGAAAUGUGCACAACCUUACAUUUGAUUUGAGUAAUUAAAAUAGCGAGCCGGCCGGGAGGUGUCCCGCCCUCAGCUCUCCCCCUCCAAGCACUUCCUCGUGAGGUGUGGCCGCCCCGACAGACCCUUCCGCUGCAUGCUGAUGCUGGCAGGAGACCCUUUGCUGUUUGAUUCCACAUAAACCCAUUGUGACAUGUUAUAAUGUAAAUAUUACUGUUCCAAGUGGUUAAUAUUUUCUCACAAGUUGACUUUCUGUGGUUUGCUUUCAUUUUGGUAAUUAAUCAAAUUCUUUUUUUUUAAAAGCAGGGUGCCUGACUACUUAGCGCGUAGCAUGUCUGUAAACCUCCCUCCAUGUGUAAGAGCGAUCCUUUCGCAGGUAGAGAUGCUAUCAUAGUUGCUGUGUAAGCAGACACGACCUUCCCAACUGAAGCAGCCAAAGGGACGUGUGAGGCAAAAGCAUCCGGGCCGGCGCCGUGGCUCACGCUGAAGUGGCGCCGCCAGAGGGCCCUGGCUGGGUGUCGGCCUGCUGAGUGGUGUUCCCCGAGGUGCCUCUAUUUAUUUAUUUAUGACCGGUGGCCCUGACCACAUCUAGGCUAACAGGUACAGCAUUCUUCCCUGUGGGAAAGACUAUAGCUUCCAUGUCCUGGGCCCAUACGCAGAUGGGCUCUGAAUGGCCUUCACAGCAGCGUGAAGGCCAGCAUUUUGGGUGAAUCAAUGCUGUGUUAAGCUCUUGAACUAUUAAACAGCCAUAUUUGUUGUCCCAAGAUAGUGUGUGUAGUCCUUCCCUAAAGGUUACAGUGUGACCAGGUGACAGACGUGUCUUUUGAUCGACUGGACAGUGAUACCCGGACUGUACGGACGCGACGGCGCUUUCUUUCGGGAGGCUGCAGUGUGGUGGUGUCUGCACUAACCACAGUCCAGGCGCACCAUGGAUUUGGACCUGCCUUUCUGGUGACUCUUAGGCUCGGUGUCCCAGACUUCGUGUGUAAAGGGAACGCUGCUCUCCCAGGCGGCGGGGGUCUCCUUGUGUGCACCUGUCGCCCCCGUGUGGGUUGCCUCUUUGACAAGUGGCUAUGAAGAUGAUGAUGAGCUUACCCUUCCACUCCUGGAGGGGUAGGCCAGCAGCCGUGAGCUCCGUUUCCACCCCCGUGCAGCGGGUUCGGGUGACCUGUCACGGCAGAGUGGCGAUGAGACCGCUGCCUUAAAAUGAGCCAUGAGGCCAGUACUUCCUGAUGCUGUAACUUCAUUUUUAAUGGCAUGAGAAGGGUGAGGAAGGGGUCAGAGGGAGAACGGCACGUGGCGCGGCUGGACUCAACUGACGCGUGCGGAUUCUGCUAGUGCAGAGGGUUCAGUGCUGGUCAAUGAGGAAGAUCCGUUGUGUCAACUUAAAUUAUUAACGUAUGGAAGUGGCUGAUGUUAUUUUGCAACAUUUCUCUGUAAAUACUGUUUUAAAAAAGGAUUUUGAGAUUCACCUUCCUGCAUUAAUGCUUGAGCCAGGUGAUUUUGCCUUUGGGUAAAUUAAAAUCAAAACUCUAAAAC